AUGAAACACCGUGGCACGUGGUCCACGCCUUGUCGCCAGAAGAAAACGUGGAAACUUCUCACACUAGCGACCGUGUGCGGCCUCCUGAGCCUGUGCUGCCUUGCGAAGCCGGACGUGUCGCACCUGCUGAAGAAGCAGUCCACCGCCGGGGACAAGCAGAAACGUCAAAACGUCUUCGAAGCCAGCGUGACCGGGAAGGACGGUUCGGCCGGGGUGCCGUUCGCAUUGUUUCCACUGGAUGAGAACCAACCGUCCCCGUUCCGAAGGUUGGAAGAUCGACCCGGUUACAACUACGACAAGCCGGAGCUGCCGCUCGACGUACACCCGGACUCGAAUCUAGUGAGCCCGGUGUCGACCCAGGCGCCCGAGUAUCUGCCACCGGAUGAUGGCCAAGAGACGAUCGCGGUGAACGAGGUGGUGUCUCCGAGCUAUCCUGCCACAAGUUCGACCACACCACCUCCGACAACUACUACGACCGAGCUGACCACUACGGCGGUUCCGUACACUAGCGGUCUGGCCGUGUCCAGCACCAGCCAGCCACCCGAUGGCUACGAUUACAAAUCGCCCGAGGUAAUGCUGCCGACCAACAUCAACGAAGUGGUCGGUGAACCGAGUGACAUUAAUCAGCUGGCGACGACGACGGAAGUGACCACCACGACCACUCCGAAGGCUUCGCUUGAAUACCUGCCGCCCAAACCGCGCCCGGAACUGGUGGUUCCCAAGGGACCGGGAACUACAACGACUCCCGAACCAUCCACGACCAGCAUUAGCACAACGUUCCAGACCCCGACCGAAACUACUCGCGCACCGGAACCACCAUCCGUCUAUCCGGAUGCGUCCGCGUCCGUCUCCACCGUGGUACGGCCACAGCCGACCACGGAAGUUCCUUCAACGGCCGCCCCUGAGUAUCUACCGCCGGACAGUGCGGGCGGCUUUCAGAUUAUCGUCCGCGGUCGCUCCGAUACAGACGAUAACGAAGUGACUGUUGGAACCACCACAACGUCGGCCACAAUCGAACCCAGCACCACGCAGCAGCAGGAUGAGCAGCCCACGAGCACCGCGACCGUCAGUAGCACCACAGUUCUGGACGGGGAAACGGCCACCCCACAAGCGGACGCCUCGUCCGUGAUUUCGCUGAUCAAUCAGAUGCAGGAGGUGAACCGCGGUAUCGCGCCCCAGGAUGGCUUUGGGCCAGAUGAGGACGGCUCCUCGACCAGUACAACACCCGCCACACCGUCCACCACCGUCACCACGAACCAACCGACGGAACAGCCAUCCUCCGAAACACCGGCACCACCGAUCGAGGCCCGGAUUUCGCCGGACGAACCAACCGUGCCAUCGCUGAUCGAUCUGCUGUCAUCGGUGACCACCACGUCGGCGGCGCCCAACGAUACGAUCACGACGUACCGCCCGGCGGCCACAGAUUCCCCGGCGACGACGACCGCGCCGAUCGAAUCGAGUGCCGACGGGUCGGAAGUGCGUCCGAGGAUAGCGGAACCGGACGACGAUGGUGGUUACAACUACGAAACGCCGGACAACGCACUCGAUGUGCCGACGGCGAUCGUGCCCUCGCACACGCUCGAAGCCGAUGGGUACCACUACAAGGUGCCGGCGGUUCCGUUUCCGCAGUGA